AUGACGGCCCAUAACCCGAUUCCCACUACGGGCCACUUCAUCUUAUCCUGUCUUUCGUAUGCUUGCCCGAAGCUUUGUGACCAUGCAUCCUCCACACCAAAACGGGAACGAUGGACUAACGGCGUGUCUGAAAUUAACGGCAGCCAGGGCUUCAUGGGAGAUGAUGAAGUCCGCAAUGAGGACUAUAGGUGCGGAGGACCAGUGCUCGCAAAGAUGCCCGCCUCUAUCAAGCCACAUCCUAUACAGGACAUUAUUUUCCCACGGCCAUCAGAGUCUCAUCUACAGCCCUCCUCAGACCCUCCCGAAGAGUCUACUCUAAAAAAGGUGGAAGCUGUGUUGAGGACAUGGGAAAUUUCUUGGUCGGAGAUUAAAUUUGUCAAGCGGGUACCGUAUGACACUCAAUUCCCGAGCAUCAAUACGAUCUUGAUCCGUUCGUAUAGGCGAGAACUUGACCGCUCGUGGUACAACGCAUGCAAGGACAUUAUCCCACUUCUGGCUCCGCUUAAACCCCCUUUUAGCGUCGAAAUACUUGACAAUCGCGCUUGUGGUUGCCCAGCCAUAUCCGACAUAGACUCGGAUGACCCGAUUUACCUGGUAUCAAAGAGCCUGAACCAAGAACUUAGGAAGGCCAUACCAGAGCUUUCUGGACUGUAUAUGUGUCUCGUAGCUCUUUCAGCACCCCUUCUCGAGCUCAAUUCUACGGUCUUUGUCUCGGUACCGGAUAAUCUAGUUGACACCUGUGACUGGAGCGGUGUCCGAGACCAAAUCAUCACGGUGCUAGACGACAUCGGCCUCGACCAUAUUUCUGUUAUGAUAUACGCCGGACCGCUCCCAGUUCACUGCCCUUUGAUUGAACGCAAGGUCAGAACCGCCAAAGGCUUUCUAGUUGUUUCAGGAGAAUGA